CUUGCCGCCGUAAGAAAAAACUCUCAUCCUCACCAGAAAAUUGGAGAAGCUCCCUCUUCCCUUGUUCUGAACGAUGGCUUCCGGAAGGAAAUUAGGGUCUUUCCUUCUCUCUUCGUAUCUCAGGAGAUUAGAUCCGUCGUACGCCCGGAGCUCGGUUCGGAAUCUGUCCCUUGUUAGUGCCCACACCGCAAAGUGGAUGCAGGACACCAGUAGGAAAUCUCCCAUGGAGUUAAUUAAUGAAGUCCCACCCAUCAAAGUCAAAGGACGCAUUGUUGCCUGUGAAGGAGAUACCAAUCCAGCUCUUGGGCAUCCGAUUGAGUUCAUAUGCCUUGACCUUAAAGAACCAGCUAUAUGUAAAUACUGCGGCCUGCGGUAUGUCCAACAUGAUCAUCAUUAGAAAAGGGAGCCCUUGACUUGGUUCCAGUUAAUCAAUGCAGAAAUGUCUAUUAUCUUUGUGACGUCCUCGAAGUGGUCAUUUCUUUCAUACCUGGAUUCCAAAUGCAUCUGGCAUGUACCUUUUCAUGCCUAAUAAGAAUUUCAUUGAUAACAA